AUGGCAAGGCAGACGUCCGCGUCCGGCUUUGAUAACAACGACUUUGUCAUUGCAACACAUCCGCAUCAGCCGUCUGCAGCAACGUUCAGGUUUCCAAAGCGAUCGUACGGAACGAAACUGAGAAGCUUCCAACCUUCUUGGUUUGAGAAAUGGCCAUUUCUCCACUACAAUGAAACGAAUGACGCCGUCUAUUGUCACACCUGCUUGUCAGCCCAUUUCAUGAAGAAGGUCAACAUUCCAACGGCUGACGACUCAUUUAUUAGGAGAGGAUUUACAAAUUGGAAAAAUGCUACAGUAUCUUUCAAGAAUCAUGAGAAAUCAGCUUGUCAUCGGGCUGCCACCGAAAUUAUAAUUACCCUUCCUAGUACGACCAAGGAUAUUGGUAAUCUGCUCUCUAAGGAGCAUGCUACCUCUAAGAGGAGAAAUAGAGCUGCCUUCUAUCAUAUAUUGUCUUCAAUACGAUAUUUGGCUAGACAAGGAUUAGCAAUACGAGGCCAUGGAGACGACAGUGAUGGAAACUUUAUCCAGUUGCUUAGAAUGAAAGCAAAAGACGAUGACAAUUUGUCUUCAUGGAUGACAAGGAAAGACAAUUCUUAUACGAGCCCCGACAUUCAAAAUGAAAUAGUAGAGUUGAUGUCGUCACAUGUGUUGAGGGUUAUUGCAAAUGAUCUUCGCAAAUCUCCAUUUCUCAGUAUAAUGAUUGACGAAACAAGAGAUUGUGCCAACACAGAACGAGUUACUGUAGUUGUGAGAAUGGUUACCUAUGAGUUUGAUAUUCAUGAGCAAUUUCUGAGAAUGUAUGGUGUACCAUCCGUAGAUGCUCAGACUUUGACAACUGCAAUAAAGGAUGUUUUUGAGAAAUUUAAUUUCAGUUUUAAUAAAUUACGCGGGCAAUGCUACGAUGGAGCCAGUGCGAUGAGUGGAGCAAAAAGUGGGGUAGCCAGGAGAAUACUUGAAAUUGAGCCAAGGGCACUGUUUACACACUGCUAUGGGCAUUCAUUGAACUUAGCUGCCUGCGAUACAAUGAAGCAGAUUAAACUCCUGAAAGAUGCAUUAGGUGAAUCUUUUGAAAUAACAAAGUUGUUGAAGUAUUCACCUCGUCGUGAGGGGAUUUUUCUAAGAUUGAAAGAAAACUUGCCAGGAAGUACAGUCACCGGAAUUAGAGUCCUUUGUCCUACAAGAUGGACAGUUAGAGCUGACUCACUUGCAAGCAUUUUGGAGAACUUUCAAGCCUUGCAAGAAACCUGGCAGGAAUCAAUUAAAGUUGCACAUGACACUGAAACCAAAGCAAGAAUUGGUGGAGUGGAAGCGCAAAUGAACACAUUUGAUUAUCUAUUUGGCACCAUGCUAGGUCACAUGGUUUUGAGACAUACCGACAAUCUCAGCAGAGCAUUGCAGGAUAAAGGUUUGUCUGCUGCAGAAGGACAGCAAGUUGCUAGAAUGAGUCUAGAGACAUUGAAGUCUUUGCGUACAGAUCAGUCGUAUGAGUUGUUUUGGCUGAAUGUCAACAAGAAGGCGGAGGAAUUGGAAAUUGGAAAACCCAUGUUGCCUCGUCGGAGAAAGAGGCCUAGAAGAUUUGAGGAAGGCGAAGAUGGGUACCAUCAUGAAACAGUCCGUUCUUACUACUUGCAAUACUACAAUGAGACUCUCGAUGUCGUAAUCAACUGCAUCCAGGAACGAUUCGAUCAACCUGGCUAUGGAAUGUAUAGCUCUUUAGAGUCGCUCUUAAUCACUGCUGCAUUGCAGUACAAACACGCAGAUGAUGAUACUGAAGCACUUGCGAGGUACCAGUUUGAAAUGGAGGAACAACUGGAGCGAGUAUGUGCCUUCUACGGCGAUGAUUUUGACAAGGAAGAGUUGAGAGGGCAGCUGGUAACAUUUAGUCUGCAUUUCCAGAAGAACACAGAGAAACUUGAGAAGGUUACAAUAUUUGAUUUAAGGCGCUACUUUUCUAGCUUGUCAUCUGGUCAGAGGUCCUUAUUGAGUCAAGUAUGCCGCCUCAUGCAGCUGAUUUUGGUUAUGCCAGCUACCAACGCCACCUCGGAGAGAUCCUUCAGUGCACUGAGACGUGUUAAGAACUACUUAAGAACUACCAUGUCUCAGAAAAGAUUCAAUAAUCUAAUGGUGCUUCAUGUGCAUAAAGACUAUGUCGAUAGUGAUUUGGAUCUGGAUGUCAUUCAUGACCAGUUUGUAGCAAAGUCAGAAAAUAGGCUUCGACUAUUUGGGAAGGCCAAUGAGGUUGAAUUUGUGGGUGAAGAUGGUGGUGUCUUAGUGAGAGAGCUAUGGAGGCUACUACAUAAAGAACUGCACUCUGGCAGAGGAUUUUUCCAUGGCUGCAGAGAAGCUGAAGUACCUCUUCAUAAUACUGCAGCACUUGAGAGUGGCCAAUUCAAAAUGAUAGGACAGCAUUUCAUUACAGACUUUUACCAUCACAUAACAUUCUCUCCACAUGGUUCAAAUGAAUGGCGUCGUGAAAAGAAUGCCUACAUGAAGUUUCUGUCAUUCUUGGAUGACUGUCAAGAUCUCAACUGUGAUGUUACACUGUCUGACAUAUUGUCAUUUUUGACUGGAUCAGCGAAUGUACCUGCCCUUGGAUUUCCUCAUGAAGGUACAGUAGAGUUGACAACUGUGGGAAGGUACCCAACCGUGUCAACAUGCACACUGACGAUUACUCUACCUGCAAGACACGAAAAAUACGAAGAUUUUAAGGAAGACUUCACCGAAGCUGUCAGAGCACAUGAUGGUUUUGGGCGAUUGUAA